GCUUAGUGUGCUUGAGUGGUCCUAAUCGCCAUAGAAAGGGAUAGCUACGUGCCGGUGCAGGACUUUGCUGGCAUUGAUGUCUGUUCAGGUCCUGGCCCACUCUGCUGGUGCUAUGCCUUUGCUUAUAAAAGACCAGUCGCACCUUGUUCCUCCAUGGCUCGCUCGCAGCUGUUCAAACAACCGGUACACAUUCGCCGACAUUUUCGCCUAAACAAACGAAAUGACGACAUUCCUAGACCGUGUCACUGCAACUGGCCGUGAACAUGUUCGGAAUCAUCUCCAUCCAUUCUGCAGCUUAUGCAAAGAGGAGCUCGACAUAUAUAGCAAGAUCGUCAUCUGUGAGUCCGGAGUCUGCCUGUGGAAGGACGAAACAUUAAUAUCAUCUCUCAGUUGACUUGGCCUCUGACGACGAGCAUCCAAUCGGUUGCAAAACACACAUGAUCCGUUCAUUCAGGAGAUCUCAUGAGAUCACUCCUCAAGAGAUUCCUUGUGAAGCACAGAGGUCGUAUUGCGCAGACAUCAACUGCCAUCAGUGCUCGCCUAAUUGUCGCAGCGUGAGCGCACAUCAGAAAUGCGUCAAAUGGCUACAAGACAUAUCCCAUGCUUUCGAAAAGCAGAGUGUGCUUGAUUCCGACAGCUACGUUAUUUUCUUCCUACGCACGCAAUCGCCUUGGACGCUAUGCUGGUCUGGUCCGCUCUUACCCCCGAAACUACUGUACGAGCCUGGGCAUGAAGCGCCUAGCGGGGAAGAGCCGCCUCAGCGUCAACUUCGACCGUGCGGCCCGGCAGAGCAGGAUGAGCAUCCACCUCGACCACGCAGCCGGGCAGAGCAGGAUGAGCAUUCACCUCGACCACGCAGCCCGGCAGAGCAGGAUGAGCAUCCACCUCAGCCACCGUACUUGCCGAUUGAGAUAAUGAUGCAAAUAUUCAAUCUCGCAGAUGAAACCUCCCGCCGGUGGCUUUAUUUGCGUCAUUCAGUUCUAAGGCCCAAACCCUGGAUGGUGGAGAAGCGAUGGGACCUCAGGCGUGUCCGCUCAUGGAAACGCGGCGAAGAUCCAAAAGUGGUGGAUUCGGCCGUGCCCAGUGAAGACCUCUGGCUGAAAUUUGAUUGUUCUGGACUCGUCGAGCUCUGUACUGCGAGUGAGGCAGGUGUCCACGGCUGGACUGACAUCUACCUUUUCUGCAAGGUCGACUCGACAAGCCGUCUUCAAGAUAGCCAUGCUAUCUUCCGGGUAAGGGCGCCACUCUGAAACCUUGAAGACCUGCACGCUAACGAGUCAGU